UGUUGCUGUUUUAUUAUUUCUCUCGACAAAACGAACGACAAAAGCGGAAGUUUCACUCACGCGUGCAAUCACUAACGGUCUGAGGAAUAAAUAAGGUCAGAAGUGACAGUCGCAACUCAUUUAAAUUAACUCACCUCAUUUGAAAAGCAUUUAAAGCGUUAUUCUGCUAUUCAGUCUGUUGCUGAAGUAAAGAGAGGAGUUUUCGCCUGCUGAAGAUGCAUAUGAAUUACAUUCACCUUUAAUUUAUUCCGGAACUCGGCAAAUGUAAGGACAGACAACAGAGGACGAUUUUUCAUCUUCAAUAAACACAGAAGUGAAGUUCAAUUUCUGUGGAAUUUCCCAGUCCUACCAGAGUGACUACAGGGGUCUUCCUUAUGUUCCUGAAAAAUUUAUAAUAAUAUUCUGUUGGAUCAAUAGAUUGUGGCUCAUCAGAUUUUGAUGCAGGGCGUUGGACAGAUUUCAUGGUACAGGAUCAGUUUAUUUUGAAACGUGGAACUCUGGAUGACAGAUUGUUUCGCCACAUCUGGCAGGUGUUUGGUUUGACUUCAUUUGAAUUUUGUUUUGCAAGCAGAUAACUUUUUUGAUUUCAUCUAGUUGUUGUUCACUCAUGCAAAAGAAAACCUCAGAGCAUCUUCUUUGUUUCAGAGAAUACACUUUGUUUAUUUAAUGUUAACAAACAAGGGGAUGAAUCAAAAGAUUUGUAUUGUUAUUAGCAAAGAAAUUCCCACACUUUAAAAAUACUGUAUUGCAUUGUAUUGCAAGUAUUUCCAUAUAUUAGGUGACCAAGAGCCACCUUGUGCUUCUGUAAUAAUCUUUCAUUCUUUUCCGUGCCACACCUUUGUGUUGCAGCCACCACUGUCCCUAUUUGUUCUUCCAGAUCUUGCUGUCGCUUUUCACUCUGUCCUACCACUAGUCCCAUCACACCCUCUCCUUUCUGUAUGCUCCAUGCUCUUCUUAGUCUCCUUGUUUCAUCCAUAAAUUCAUCCUCUAUCUUUCUCCCCACUGGCCUCAUUCCUCAAUAGAUAUCUCUUUUGUACUCAAACGCACAUUUGCUUUCACACUUGUGCAAGUUUUUCUCUAACUUUCACACUGGCGGGCACCAUUGCACCUAAAGGAGAGGAGGACUUUCUAACACUUGCUGCCUCCAGGCUCAGCCGUCGCAAGCGUGUCAUAGGAGCGGCCGUGGGUGUGGCCAUGGUUCUGAUUCUCCUGGUCACCAUCCCUUUACUGGUCCACAGCACUAAAGGAGGAGGAGCCAGCAAUGCGGGAAGUCAUUAUGAAAUGCUAGGAAGUUGUCGGAUGGUUUGUGACCCCUACACCACAUCUCACGGCCAGGAGCUAACGGCUGUUUCACCCGCACCUCCUGACUUCCCAAACCGGAAAGGGAAGUCUGGGUAUCGGGGACCUCCGGGAAUCCCAGGACCACCUGGACCACGAGGACCACCUGGUGAGCCUGGAAAGCCAGGUCCACAAGGGCCCCCGGGUCCUGGGCCUGGCGGUUACGUGCCGUCAUUCUACAGUCCUAAGAUUGCGUUUUACGCAGGACUGCGCAAGCAACAUGAAGGCACUGAUGUGCUCAAGUUUGAUGAUGUGGUGACAAAUGUUGGCAACUACUAUGAACCCAGCACUGGAAAAUUCACAUGCCCUCUACCUGGUAUCUACUUCUUCACAUACCAUGUCCUGAUGAGAGGAGGAGAUGGGACCAGUAUGUGGGCAGACCUCAAGAAGAACGGACAGGUGAGGGCCAGCGCUAUCGCCCAGGACGCUGAUCAGAAUUAUGACUACGCCUCCAACAGUGUGAUCCUGCAUUUAGACGUGGGAGAUGAGGUCUGUGUGCAGCUGGACGGAGGGAAAGUCCACGGAGGAAACACCAACAAAUACAGCACGUUCUCUGGCUUCCUCAUCUAUGCUGACUGACCUGCUCUACACACUCAGAUGUACUGUGUAUGAACACACACACUCAUACAGUAUCGUACACACACCGAACAGGCUUGAAAGAAACGGACGUGGUUUAUACGGAGCAUAAGGGCUUCUCAGACAGAACGGCAACCAAUUCCUUUCAUAAAACAAGAGGAUUUCUGUUUGUAUUUGUGUAAAUUAUAACUAUCUUACACAUUGUGUACACUACUCCCAAACUUAAAUUAAAAUGCAUAUAAAUAUAUGUCUAUAUCUAUCCUGGACGGUGGCACAUGUGUUUUCAUGUGUACUUGUAAGUGUAUUUGUCUCCAUUUUGUGUGUCAAUCAAAACCAGAGAUUCAGACUCACUAGUUAACAUGUUUUAUGGUGAACUGAGCUGCAUUUACACAUGGCUGGACUUGAAAGAAAAUCGGUGUGUAAAUAUACUUUUCACUCACUAGACGCAGCCGUCGCACGAUACGGGAUCGUAUAUAUGCAUGCGCACAUGUUGCAGGGCUAGUGAUUAAUCGAAGUCCUCUUGUUCAAUUCAUUUGACUUAAAGUGACUGCUUUCGUUGUCUUUGUGGAAUUGGAAGGAGUGUAAUUGCACACACAAUGGCUCACUACAACCAAACAGAUCGAUUUCCAAUCUGUCUAAAUAAUCUGGGCCGGACCGGAACAUUAAUAUAUUGAUUUAGGCUGAUGUGACUCUUCAGUAUUCACAGUUAAACCAGUAAUCACACAAAUAAAUGAAAUUAUUACUACUUUUUAAAGUGAUUAUGUUGUGAUUAUGUUGUUCCCUUGUGUAAGUCUAAUAAACAAUAUUACAAUGUAAAACUUUGAAAUCAAUAGGAA